UUCCCAUUCGUGGAUUAUUCCUCCUCAUUCGUUUAACUCCGAUUGUAUUUGUCAAUGGAAAAAUAAUUUAUGGAAAGAAAUAUAUUUUCUGUAUGAAUUUUACUCAAUAUCCUUCUAUAACUGAUCACUCCUUAGCUGGUGUGUUUUUUAACCUCUCUGCCCUGGUUUGAAACCCCACCUUUAUAAAUAGGCCUUCUCCCUUGCCCCUAUUAGUCACAUAUCAACUACUCAUUGCCUUUUCAGUUUUUUCCCUCCCCACUGUCUGGAGUCCUGUCUCCUACAGCAAUGGUUCUUUUAUGCCAAAAAACCAUGCUCUCAACGCUUGUAUCGACGCUACUCCUUGGCCUGUUCGUUGUUUCCUGUGUGGCGGAGCUUCAGCGCUUCGAGCACGCGGCGAAACCAGAUGGGUCUCUUAGCUUCUUGGCGGUCGGAGAUUGGGGAAGAAGAGGACUCUAUAACCAAUCUGAAGUUGCUCUUCAGAUGGGAAUAAUUGGAGAGAAGUUGGAUGUUGAUUUUAUUAUCUCUACGGGAGAUAAUUUUUACGACAAUGGAUUGAAGGGUGUAGAUGAUCCAGCAUUUCAUGAAUCCUUUACUGAUAUCUAUACAGCUCCUAGCUUGCAAAAGCAAUGGUACUCUGUGCUGGGUAAUCAUGAUUACAGGGGAAACGUGGAGGCCCAGUUGAGUCCCAUUCUUACAAAGAUGGAUAGCAGAUGGCUUUGUUUGAGAUCAUUUAUCCUCAAUGCUGGACCUGAAAUGGCAGAAUUUUUCUUUGUAGACACUACUCCAUUCGUGAGGACAUACUUCACCCACCCAGAAGAACAGGUCUAUGACUGGAAGGGCGUAUUACCCCGAAAAAAUUACAUUAAGAAUCUUUUGAUGGAAUUGGAUUUGGCCUUAAGAGAAUCCAACGCACAAUGGAAGAUUGUAGUGGGUCACCAUACAAUCAAAAGUGCUGGAAACCAUGGCAACACCCAUGAGCUUGCCAAGCAUCUUCUUCCAAUCCUUCAGGCAUACGAUGUUGACUUUUAUAUUAACGGGCAUGACCAUUGCUUGGAGCACAUUAGCAGCACUGAGAGCCCAAUUCAAUUCUUAACAAGUGGUGGUGGCUCCAAGGCAUGGAGGGGUGACGUAAGUUGGUGGAAUCCACAAGAAAUGAAGUUCUAUCACGAUGGACAGGGUUUUAUGUCUGUGCAAAUGACUCGGACUGAGGUUGAUGCCACAUUCUAUGAUGUUUUCGGCAAUGUUAUGCACAAAUGGAUCACUUCCAAGCAGCUUUCUUCUGCAAUUUAAAGACGUAUAAAGCAUCAAAGCAGAGAGAAUCUUGAGUCAUCUUGGGAGCGUUGUAUGUUUAACUAUCUAUAGUUCUAUUCGAAAUCGUUUACGUAUUUGAGACAACAACAUAAGUUAUUAGGUUGAUUUACAAGUUUACCUAAAUUAUUGUCUCUCAUCGAUCCAUGCUCUGCUUUUAAUCCAACAUGUCCUAUAAAAUGAUUAAUUAGU